ACCUUUACCCUUCACCUCGACGAUUGCUCUCAAAUUCUCAAUUUUCGCGAAACGCAAAAUCCCAGUCGAGCCUAAAGAACCCAACCCUAAUUCCAGUCUUCGUCAUAGUUCGAACGCAGUCUCCGAUUCUCGCCCCAUCUUUCCUGAUGGCCACUGAAUCAGAGAAAUCAAACCCCAGUAUCCUCGCACAAGAAACCCCUAAGGAAACCCUAGACCAUGAGGUCUCGCCCAUUGCCAAACCAGAUCUGCACGAAGAUCCGCCCAGUAGUACUCCCACUCAAGUUUCUUCUGAUUCCACCGUUCCUUCCGGCACCGUCGAGUCUCGGAAGGACGGCGAGGAUUCGAAGAGCACGGCAGCCACGGCGGGCUCGCCAGCGGGGGAUGAUGGCCCGGUUUCCAGUAUUCAGAAGAAGAUGCGCCGAGCCGAGCGAUUUGGUAUUUCUGUGCAACUCACCGAAGAAGAGAAGCGUAAUUCCCGAGCAGAGAGGUUUGGUACUGGGUCCACAUUGCAUGGUUCAGAGGCAUCGAAGAGUUCAGAGGUGCUGAAGAGAAAGGCUAGAGCUGAGAGGUUUGGGCUUCAGGAUACGUCUGUGGCUACUGAUGAGCAAGCAAAGAAGAAAGCUACUCCUGAUGAGCAAGCAAAGAAGAAAGCUACUCCUGAUGAGGAAGCAAAGAAGAAGGCUACUCCUGAUGAGGAAGCAAAGAAGAAAGCUACUACUGAUGAGGAAGCAAAGAAGAAAGCUCGGCUUGCCAGGUUUGCACCAGUCUCUAAGACAGAUACCUUGGAAGAAGAAAAAAGGAAAGCAAGGAUGAUCAGGUUUUCAAACCCUCCAUCAAAUUCCUUAUCACAAGUGAAUGGCAAAGGGGAUGUGGAGCCGCAGGCAGCUCUCGCAGGCAAGGCUGGAGGAGGGACUUGAAUUGAGACAUGCUUUUCAAUAGUUCGGUGUUUUUGCUUUUUUGAUUUUCUCUAUGGCUUCUAUACGCAUUCCUUCUUUCCGUCAUGUGGAUUCCCAGAUGCAGCACUUUCCGUUAGACAGAUACUUUUCUAGCACUGAACAAGAUUUUGGUCAUGAAGUUCUCUCAUCCUGGAUGUGUUUUAGUAAUGGUUUACUUGGUGAGACCUAGAGUAAUUUAUGACUACCUACUUAGUGUUAAUUAUCUCAGAGUCUACGAAGAAUAUCAGAAAUUCGAAAUUACCAAGUAGGUGAAAUUUAACAUUUUAGAUUUUUCAUUUUUCAAAUUAACCCAGUAUCUGGUAUCUGCUGACAGUAGCAUAAUCAUGAUCAUGUGGCAUGGCAGUACUAAGUAGGUUUUGUGAGUUUAUCAUCAUCUGAUCCAAGAUUGGUAGUGUCAAAAUUUGCUGUAUUGUUUUGCUAUUAGUAGUGAAUGUUUUUUGUGGUAGAACUAAGUAAAUUAGGAUAUGGGCCCUUUAAGAAAAGGAAUUACUCAGAGUGUGCUCUAUUCUGGUUGGAUUGAACUAGGAUUUAGGAAAAUUUCAUCUUUGCAGUUUUAGAUUAGGUGUCAACUUUUGACAGCAGGACCGGUAGUGCACUCAACCUAGAACUAGAUGCAUAAUUGCUUGUGCUCUGCUGAGAUCAGGACUCUGUGACUGGCAUGCAUAAUUUAAUAUGUUUUUUGAGCCAUAUUUGGGUGUGUUUCCACCUGAAAAGGGUGAGGGAACAGGGGAAGAGAAAUUGUAUUGGCGUUGAACUAUUCUGCAUUUGUUCUGCUCUCCAAGUGGGGUUUCGUCUCAUGUCUUAUUUGAUGUUAGUGCAACACAAGAUUUUUUUAUCCUACUAAUCAUGGAUCAGAUCUUACUAACUCAUGCUUGUUAUGUCUUACCAUUUAAUCUAGUGCAAAUUUCUUUGGGAAAGAUCUAAAAGGCAUAUGCUACUUAGUACUGUUGUCCAACACUUGAUCAUGAGAACCAUUUCCCGAAUGCAUGAGUAAAUUUUGAAAGGUAAAUUUGUCAGAUGGGAUUGAAAACCAUUUCGUAAAGUAAUAGUUGAGUUCUAUCAGAAUUUCUGAUGUUCCUGGUUUGUAAUUUGAGAUAAUUGCACUAUUGGGAGGUUCUUGUUAAUUUUCUUAGGUCUCACUGGGAGAACUUCACAAUCUGCAAGGUAGGAUUUCUGGAAUGGAGACUACUGUGAUAACUAGGUUUUUUGUCAUUAGCUUGUAAUUUUGUAGAUUUUCAAUGUGAAGCUUUCAUUCAAUGAACACUGGAAAGUACCCUGCAUCUGUGGAAAUUCUUGUUGAAUUAUUGUCAGAUUAGAUGGAAUGUAAGGACCUUUUUACUUGCUAGAGGAUAUCAACAGAUUCUUAAUGUGCC